AUGGGCGCGGGCGUCUCGACGGAAGGCGCCCCCCUCACUAGAAUCAAAUGCAAAAACAACCUCGGCGUGCUGUUUGACCCCAAGGCCGAGGAGGCAUUCCGUGCCGCCGCGACCGGUCCGGAAGACGAGCUCAGCGUGCCCUGGCCCGAAGUCGACGCGUACGUCAAGACGCGCGACGAGCGUUGGCGCGACCCGAAGCACGUCUUGUUCCAGAACCUGAAACAAUUUAGGGUUGCUCGGGUCGAGAUCGAGAAAAUUGCGGACGAGAUGAUUCAAGGCACAAUCAAUGAGAUCCCGUGGCGCAGCGGCGACGAGUGCCAACAGCGCGGCCUCGACGGCAAGCCGACAGCGUCGCUCGACCCGCUGUACGAGAUCGCCGCGAUGGCGCGCGAGGUCUACGCCGAAGUUAUGAAUGACGUGUGCGAGGGCGGUCCGCCCCUGAAUCUGGCACCGCUGAAGGGCCGCGCGCGAGCCGAGGUGAAAGCGCAGAACGAGUACAACAACAAGACGGCGCCGUGCUACUCGUGGCUCUUCGACAUCGUGCGAGGCUUCGUGUAUUGCGACCACGAGGACGAACUGGUCGCGCUCUGGCAUAAGAUCGAGGCGGACCCGCGCAUGAAAAUUGUUCGAACGAAAAAUCGUUUCAAUCCCCCUCUGUUCAACGGCUACCGCGACAUCAUGAUGAACGUCGCGGUGAAGGUCGAGAAUGUUUCGCACCUCUGCGAGCUGCAGAUCCACUUGACGGCGAUCAAGGACUCUGAGCCGAUGCACAAGAGCCACGCCGUCUACGAGUUCUUUCGAGAUUUCUUUAAGGGAAACGCCGAGGCGGUCGAGCAGCGGCUGGACAUGUUCUGUGCGCUGCCGGUCGACGACGUUAACGAUGCGGAAGAGCUGGUGGACGUCGUACUUGACUCUGCGACGAGUUACGGGCAGCUCUACAGUCUCUGCGAUCUGCUCAAGUCGAUUCAGGAGUCCGCGGGCGUCGUGAAGGUCCGGAAAGCUAUCCUAACGGUGCAGGAGCGAAGGUUUGGUGCGGAGAGCAAGGAGGUGGGCGCGGCGCUGUUUGAUCUUGGGAACGCGUACAUGGGCCUCGGCGACCACGCCAAGCAACGCGACGUGCUGGAGCGCACGUUGGCGAUCGCGGAGCGCGAGCACGGUAAAGAUAGUACGAACGUGGCCGGCUUGUUGAAUAAUCUCGGGACCGCGUACGGCAACUUGGGUGACUACGCGAGGACGCGAGACGUGCUGGAGCGCACGUUGGCGAUCGCGGAGCGCGAGUACGGUAGCGAUCACACAGAGGUUGCCAUCGUGCUGACGAACCUCGGGGUCGCGUACGGCUAUUUGGGCGACGACGCGAAGAAGCGAGACGUGCUGGAGCGCUCGCUCGCGAUCAACGAGCGGGUGUACGGCCGCGACCACACGAGCGUGGCCGCCACGCUGACGAACCUCGGGUGCGCGUACGGCGACUUGGGCGACCACGCGAAGAAGCAAGACAUGCUGGAGCGCGCGCUCGCGAUCAAGGAGCGGGCGUACGGCCGCGACCACCCGCAAGUCGCCAUCACGCUGGAAAACCUCGGGGCCGCGUACGGCCAAUUAGGCGACCACGCCAAGGCGCGAGACAUGAUGGAGCGCGCGCUCGCGAUCCAGGAGCGGGCGUACGGCCCCGAACAUCAAAUGACCCAACGAGUCCGAGCUUGCCUCGACGUUGUGCAAGCCGAUUUAAAGUUUCCGCUGCACGCUGCGACAAAGAGAGGCGACCUCGAUGCGAUGACGCGGCUCCUGGACGAGGGCGCCGCGGUAGAUACUAAGCUAAACGGCAAGACACCGUUGUAUUUUGCGUGCGAGAAGGGCCACGUCGACGCGGUGCGGCUAUGCCUGGACAACGGCGCAGAGGUCGACCAGGCGGGUGAGGACGGCUAUACGCCGCUGAUGAUCGCCUGCUGGAACGGCCACGUCGACGCGGUGCGGCUGUUGCUGGACAACGGCGCGGAGGUCGACCGGGCGGAUAAGGACGGUCGGACGCCGCUAUGGACAGCAUGCUACGAGGGCAACGUCGACGCGAUGCGGCUGUUGCUGGACAACGGCGCAGAGGUCGACCAGGCGAAUAAGUACGGUGUGACGCCGCUGUACAUCGCCUGCUCGAAGGGCCACGUCGAUGCGGCGCGACUAUUGCUGGACAACGGCGCGGAGGUCGACCGGGCGGAUAAGGACGGUCGGACGCCGUUGAUGAUCGCCUGCAUGUUCGGCCACGUCGACGCGGCGCGGCUGUUGCUGGACAACGGCGCGGAGGUCGACCGGGCGACGGAGGACGGUGCGACGCCGCUGAUGAUCGCCUGCUCGAAGGGCCACGUCGACGUGGCGCGGCUGUUGCUGGACAAUGGCGCGGAGGUCGACCGGGCGACGGAGGACGGUGCGACGCCGCUGAUGAUCGCCUGCUCGAAGGGCCACGUCGACGUGGCGCGGCUGUUGUUAGAUAAAGGCGCGGAGGUCGAUCGGGCGAAGAACAACGGCUGUACGCCGCUGUUUGUUGCCUGCCACUCUGGCCACGUCGACGCGGCGCGGCUGCUACUGGAGAAAGGCGCGGAGGUUGACCGGGCGGACGAGGAGGGUCGGACGCCGCUGUUUGUUGCCUGCUGGGAGGGCCACGUCGACGUGGCGCGGCUGUUGUUAGAUAAAGGCGCGGAGGUCGAUCGGGCGAAGAACAACGGCUGUACGCCGCUGAUGAUCGCCUGCCACUCUGGCCACGUCGACGCGGCGCGGCUGUUGCUGGACAACGGCGCGGAGGUCGACCGGGCGACGGAGGACGGUCGGACGCCGCUAUGGACAGCAUGCUACGAGGGCAACGUCGACGCGGUGCGGCUGCUACUGGAGAAAGGCGCGGAGGUUGACCGGGCGGACGAGGAGGGUCAGACGCCGCUGUUUGUUGCCUGCUGGGAGGGCCACGUCGACGCGGCGCGGCUGUUGCUGGACAACGGCGCGGAGGUCGACCGGGCAGACAAUGAUGGUGAGACACCACUGUCAAUCGCGAAAAGCGAAGAUUACUCGUCCAUCGUCGCGCUGCUCGAGGAGCAUAUUAACCCGCUGCACGCGGCGGCCAAGACCGGCGAUAUCGACGCGAUGACGCAGCUCCUGAACGACGGCGCCGAGGUCGACCGGGCGAAUGAGAAGGGCAGGACGCCGCUAUGGAUCGCCUGCCUAAAAGGCCACGUCGACGCGGCGCGGCUGUUGCUGGACAAAGGCGCGGACGGCAAUCGGACCUUGGAGAACGGCGAGACGCCGCUGUGCGUCGCAAAAAGAAAAGGCCACGCGGCCGUCGUCGCAUUGCUCGAGGAGGUGCGGGAAGCUUAAUGUAACUGUGCCGACUGAGUAACUAACUAAAGACUAC